AGGCAGCCUUUAGUCAGUGCCCCCCGGUAUAGCAGCAGCCUCUAGCCGGGGACACACCGCAUAUGUUGGGGCUGAAAUCUGACGAAAGGGUAGAUGGAGGGCUCUACGGAACAAAUGAGUCCUCUCUUAAGAAGAGGUCUAGAUGAGGAGGCGAUAGUCGAUCAUGGAAAGUCCAGCUUCACAACCCACACAAACUAUGACAGAGAUGACUUGGAAAGCCACAGAGCAGUGUACGUCGGUGUCCACGUUCCUCUCGGACGAGAAAACAAACGAAGGCACCGCCACAGAGGACACAGACAUCACAGAAAGAAGAAGGACAGAGACUCAGAGGAAGGAAAAGAAGAUGGAAGAGAAUCACCCAGUUAUGACACACCAUCACAGAGGGUACAGUUUAUCCUGGGAACAGAGGACGAUGACCUCGAGCACAUCCCCCAUGACCUUUUUACUGAGAUGGAUGAGCUCUCCUUUAGAGAUGGUGAUGCCAUUGAGUGGAGAGAAACUGCCAGAUGGUUAAAAUUUGAAGAGGAUGUGGAAGAUGGCGGUGAGAGGUGGAGUAAACCUUACGUGGCCACAUUGUCCCUGCACAGCUUGUUUGAGCUGCGUAGCUGCAUACUGAACGGUACAGUCAUGCUCGAUAUGAGGGCCAACAGCAUCGAGGAAAUUGCAGAUAUGCUGAUAGACAGCAUGGUGGCCUCAGGCCAGCUGAAGGAGGAUUUGCGCAACAAAGUGCGGGAAGCAAUGCUGAAGAAACACCACCAUCAGAACGAGAGAAAGCUCAGCAAUCGCUUCCCUCUGGUGCGAUCCAUUGCUGACAUAGGCAAGAAACACUCUGACCCACUCUUGCUUGAAAGAAACGGAGAGGGCCUGUCUUCCUCUCGUCUCUCUCUCCACAAGCCAGGGUCGUCGUCUUCUGUGUCCAACCUUUCCCAAAGACGAGAGUCAAGGGUCUCCGUUCUGCUCAACCACCUCCUGCCCUCUUCGUCCUACAACAGUGGGCUGUCUCCUGGCCCCUCCCCUUUCAGCACCCCUCAAAAUACCCCUUCAUUGUUUCGCCGCUCUCAGAGCCCAUCACGAACUCAUUGCGCAGCCCUCGGCCCUCAAGACAUCCCAGAAGUGGUUGUAUCUCCCCCUGAGGAUGACGACCCACCAAAUUCUGCAGAGGAGGACACGGUAUCACCACAGCUCAGCCGGCGAACGUCCUCGGCGCCACAGAACCUUGAGCUGCAGCCCUUAGAAGGACCACUUGUCUCUCCACACUCUCUCCCGAACAAUCUGGACAGCAACAAGGCAGCGGAAAGGCGGCCGUCCAAAGUAGGGGUCAGUAGAGAAAGCAGCAGUGUGGACUUCAGCAAGGUGGACAUGAAUUUCAUGAGGAAGAUUCCUCCGGGCGCAGAGGCGUCUAACGUGCUUGUGGGAGAAGUGGACUUUUUGGAAAAGCCCAUAAUUGCGUUUGUACGACUGUCACCAGCGGUCCUUAUCAUCGGCCUCACUGAGGUGCCUGUUCCCACAAGGUUUCUUUUCCUGCUUUUGGGCCCUCAUGGUAAAGGAGCACAGUACCAUGAAAUUGGCAGAUCCAUGGCCACACUAAUGACAGAUGAGAUAUUUCAUGAUGUGGCUUACAAGGCCAAAGACCGGACGGACCUCCUGUCUGGGAUAGACGAGUUCCUUGAUCAGGUGACUGUUUUGCCCCCUGGUGAAUGGGACCCCACGAUCCGAAUAGAACCCCCCAAAAACGUUCCAUCUCAGUUGAAGAGAAAGAGACCACAACAGGCCAACGGCAGUGCAGCGCCAGCUGGAGAGCAGGAAAAAGAGGAUGACCACCAUGCAGGGCCUGAGCUUCAAAGAACUGGGAGGAUUUUUGGUGGUUUGAUUCUGGACAUUAAGCGGAAAGCACCUUUCUACUGGAGCGACGUUAGGGACUCAUUCAGUCUUCAGUGUCUAGCCUCCAUCCUGUUCCUGUACUGCGCCUGCAUGUCCCCCGUCAUCACAUUUGGAGGUCUACUCGGAGAGGCAACGAAGGGCAACAUAAGUGCAAUAGAGUCUCUUUUCGGAGCUUCGCUGACAGGAGUGGCCUACUCCCUCUUCGCAGGCCAGCCCCUCACUAUUCUCGGCAGCACUGGGCCUGUUUUAGUGUUUGAAAAGAUCCUCUUCAAGUUUUGCAAUGAUUAUAGCUUAUCUUACCUGUCGCUGCGGACCAGCAUUGGUCUCUGGACGGCCUUCCUGUGUGCUGUGCUGGUCGCUACAGAUGCUAGCUCACUGGUCUGCUACAUCACCCGCUUCACAGAGGAGGCCUUUGCGGCACUCAUCUGCAUAAUCUUUAUCUACGAGGCUCUGGAGAAGCUGUUUCACCUCGGAGAAUACUUUCCUGUCAAUAUGCACAACAGCUUAGACAAUCUGACCUUCUACACGUGUCAGUGCUUUCCACCAGUCAACGCGUCAGACCAGCUGAUGCAGCGGUGGAACCAGACAGGUUACCACAGCUCCGGCUCCAUCCCAUGGAGCAGCCUCAACGUUUCGAUGUGUAAAUGGCUCCAUGGGGAGUUUGUGGGUCCUGCCUGUGGUCACCAUGGUCCCUACAUCCCAGAUGUUCUCUUCUGGUCUAUCAUCCUCUUCUUCACCACCUUCUUUCUAUCCUCAUUCCUGAAGCAGUUUAAGACAGAUAGAUACUUCCCCACUAAGGUGCGUUCCACCAUCAGUGAUUUUGCUGUUUUCAUAACCAUCAUGAUCAUGGUGUUGGUGGAUUAUCUGAUGGGGAUCCCCUCUCCUAAACUGAAUGUUCCGGACCGCUUUGAACCAACUUCAAAGAACAGAGGCUGGUUGAUGGAUCCAUUAGGGGAGAAUCCCUGGUGGACGCUGCUGGUGGCGGCACUUCCUGCUUUGCUCUGCACCAUCCUCAUCUUCAUGGACCAGCAGAUCACUGCAGUCAUCAUCAACCGCAAAGAGCACAAGUUAAAGAAAGGCUGUGGCUAUCACCUGGAUUUGCUGAUUGUAUCAGUAAUGCUGGGCGUGUGCUCUAUUAUGGGGUUACCAUGGUUUGUGGCGGCCACUGUCCUGUCCAUUUCCCACGUAAACAGCCUGAAGGUGGAGUCUGGUUGCUCUGCACCAGGAGAACAGCCCAAGUUUCUGGGCAUUCGCGAGCAGCGGGUCACAGGAUUCAUGAUCUUUGUCCUCAUGGGCUGUUCUGUUUUCAUGACGUCAGUUCUGAAGUUUAUUCCUAUGCCGGUCCUGUAUGGAGUCUUUCUCUACAUGGGGGUCUCGUCCCUUAAAGGCAUACAAUUCUUUGACAGAAUCAAACUGUUUGGCAUGCCAGCAAAGCACCAGCCUGAUCUGAUCUACUUGCGCUACGUGCCGCUGUGGAAGGUCCACAUAUUCACGCUGGUGCAGCUCACCUGUUUGGUUUUGCUCUGGGUCAUCAAGGCUUCUGCAGCAGCUGUGGUCUUUCCCAUGAUGGUUCUGGCACUUGUUUUUAUCCGAAAGCUUCUGGAUCUUUUUUUUACUAAGAGAGAGUUGAGCUGGCUCGAUGACCUGAUGCCAGAAAGCAAAAAGAAAACAGAGGAUGACAAAAAAAUCAAAGCACUUGAAAAUCUGGAGGAAGAGUUAGAGGCGCAGGAGGAAGAGGAGUUGGGACUGAAGGUCCGGUUUGGAGGUUCAACUCGGCUCAGCAUCUCAGGAAGUUCUGAUUGUGACCCACUGGUUGUAAAUAUCUCUGAUGAAAUUGUCCGAACGGAAGCGUGGAAGGCUGUGAACUCGAGUGCACAGCCUUGCGUCCCAUCUGAGAAGCGUGGUGAAAGCCAAGAGAAGGUGGCGUGCGUUAGAGUUGACGUGAGCCCAGACACACCAGGAGACGGCUCUGCCACAGAGACCUUCCUGUGACGAAGGAAGAGCCCAAUCUUCUCCCUUGGACCUUCACAACAAUUCCUCACUGAGCCGGUGCUUGUCAGGAGGGCAAAGAGGAACGGAAGCGGCACGAUCUGUCUGCAAAACUCCCUUCUCCUUUCACGGGGUGCCGACGAGCUCCCACAAAAACACAAUUCCAGCUCUUCCAGUAACACUCCAGUCUGGAAGUCCUACAUGUUGAUUACCAAGAUGCACUACAUAUCACACAUCCUCACAGAUGGAAGGAAAUACUCAACACUUUCUGUUUUGGAGUACUCUUAAUUUAGCUUUUUUUUUGCCUCCUGCUUUGAUGUCACAGGAAUGGCCUCUCUUAUAGGGUCUAAGAAUUGAACCCUAAUUUCAGCCAUUUUUUUUUUACUUUUACUGUUAUUGUUGAGAUAAUCUCAAGUUGUUGUUGGCUGAACACUUUUAUUAAGUUAAACCAGCUUGAAAUGUUGUUUCAUAAAAGCCAUUAAAGUGCUUUUUGUGUUUAUUAUGAAGAUGGUUUUGCACAGAGAGUGAUGCAAACCAAAUCAGAGGGGUGUUCAGAACAUGACUGCAACACAUCGCCACUGCAAUACGUCCUGGAUUCAGACCCAAGUCUUCUCUCUCCAGGAUAUUUAGUGUUAAUAUCGCUGCUUGGACAUUGUUUCACUGUUCAACACACAUCGUGUUUGUUAUUUCUUAAAGUAAUCUAUACUGUACUGUUUUCAUUUGUACUGUGAUAGAAAAAGUCACGUUAGAGGCCAUAUAAAGUCUGUACUGUACAGUGAGCACUUUGCUAGGAAAGGUGAAAAAUAGAUUCUAUUGAAUUAUUGAAAUGAUCAAUUCCCACAGUAUCCUCUCCAGAUGUUGUUCGAAAGCAAUUCAAGAUUGAUUUCCAACAGCAACCGAUGAUAAACUAUUUUAAUAAAGAAACAAAAGUGUAAAAUAAGAGAAUAUUUGUGAUCCCAGUUAGAUGCACUUGUUUUUAUACUGUCUGUAUUCCUGUGAAUAUUAUUGUGUUUGUCGUACAAAGAUGUCUAGAGUUACGGAUACCUUUAUGCAAAAUGUUUCCACUGAAUAUGUUCAAAAAGCUAUUAGAAAAAAACCUCACUCUGUAUUUUCUUCCAAAGGCAGUCAUGCUUUAGCAAUAACUAUUCCAACAAGGUUCAAUGUUUGGACUCCUUCAAGAAUGAUUUGUGUUUGUGCGUUUCAUCAGCUGUGUGUAGCGAUCCUACCAACAAUAGCUUAUGUGCCUUGUUGAAGCUCUUUAUGUGCGAGUGUUGUGCUGAUUAUCCCCAACGUUCCACAUGAUGGCACACAGACUCCAAAGACGGGCCAUCCGUUGCACAGUUUAUUUGUUGUUGUGUCGUUCUGACGUCUGUGUGAAUGUCUAGUUUCCAAUUUCAGAACAUAACUACAAGCUGUUUUUAUGCGUGUGUGUAUGUGUGUGUUCUGCUGUAGUAUUUGCUCCCCACUAAAACAUGCAAACAUGAAAAGAUCUUAAUAACACAGAGGUACAGUUUCCUAUUUAAACCAUCAGUGAAUGUUAAAUUAUUGUGGUGUCAAUGUAAAAUGAAAACAUUUAUUUAUUUUGCCAAAAAGAAAGAAAGGUAUUACGCUUCACUCGUGGUUCAUUCUGACCAAAGUGAAUAUUUAUCCAUAGUGUUUGCAUUUUCUGAUUUUGUCUUAUUAGAUACCCUAUUUUCAUGGGAUCACACUUGAAUUGGAGUUCUUUAAAUUUAAAUCAAAAGAAUCAGCUACAAAAAGAAGCAAUAUUUAAAGCUUCAGAAUCAGCAAACAAAAGGUAUUUCUACUAACGCACGAACCGUUGGUGAAGAACUUUGCAUUCUGUUGUUUGGUUGAUGACUUCUGUCAUUUCAGAUUGUUGCAAAGCAAUAAAAUGGAACAUAUUCUGA